AUGAAGAGGAAAUUCAUUUACCUAGUCCUCCUGAAUCAUGUUUGCAAGAAAUGUCUAUCUAAUAUUGUAAUAUCUCCUAACGAUGGCAACAAUGUACCUGAUAAUGAAUAUCAAUAUAGUUCUAGAGAUAAUGGCGAAGAAUACCUUAUCCAAAGCUCAAAUCGAAAAUUAUUUGAUGAUACUGGAUAUGAAUCUCCUCUACGAAGAGAGAAUAAGGAUUAUUGGCUAGAUAUCUUUAAAGGGCAAGGGGUGGUGCAAACGAUAACCCGAAUACCGAAUGAAUUCAGAAGUAAUAAAAGGUUACAAAAGUCGGAUUUUCAAAGGGACAAUACAGACGAUGAGGAUCGAGAUGAAGAAAGUCAAGUAAAAAAAUGGUUAGAACAAAUAGAAGGCAUCCAUUUGUCAUAUUACAAAAACAAUAUCUUGUAUUAUAUAUCUGGCUACAUUGUCAACAAAAUGCUGGAUAAAACUACAUGUGAAUAUUGCCGAUCUGCUUUGCUAGUAAAGCGGCAACAUAAAGAUCAUAAUUACGUCAUAGAUGUGUGCGAAUUUUCAUCAUUUACUACAUUUGUUGACAGAGGCCAGUUGAAGUAUGCUUCAAAACUUGUGUACGAAAUAGUGAAAUACGCUGAGAAACUCAUCAUGACGUCCUUAGAAAAUGCAUGGGAAAAUGCGUACGGAGACAGAUUGUUGAAUAUAAUAAAUCAACAUUUCUAUUCAAAGUUAAAUGAAUUAUUCAAUCCGCCUCACAUGAAAUCGAAA